AUGGGGUGUAAUUUGUUUCCAAUCGCUGGUUGGAGCAGACCCACGCACAGAGGUGCCUCUGGCAUUGGCCCUGAAAAUCUCUGCCGGGAGGGAGCAGGCGACAAGGGUGCAGCUGCUUUGACCAAGUCCACUGCGUUGGUUCGAACGGAACAGAUUGACAAGAAUAGGAGCAGGUCUUCCACGGUGCGUUUGGAACCACCGACCCAGAACGGGCAGGCACAAAGAAGACCGUCAGUUACCAGAGGCUGA